GGCACGGCGGGCUGUAGGUCGGAGAGGCGCGGGCUGCACUUCCGCUUGGGUGUCAGANGGUUGCUGGACGCGGUCGGGGGCGGGGCGGCCGUGGGGUCGGCGACGCCGCGGGGACCGCGUUCGGAUUUCCAGGAUCCACACAACUUCAACAUAAAUAUAGAUCAGAUAUGAUCCAGUAGGAGGACCAAAUCCCAGAACAGUGACAGUCUUGUCACUGAAGGAUGAACGGGGAGGAAGAAUUCUUUGAUGCCGUCACAGGCUUUGAUUCUGAUAAUUCUUCUACAGGGGAAUUUUCAGAGGCAAAUAAAAUUAGUGGGAUGAUUGACUUGGAUACCAGCAAAAGUACUAGGACUGGGAAAAAUGGGGAGAAACCACCACAAGAGAAUGGAAUUCAAAAGCACAGGACAGCUCUUCCUGCUCCCAUGUUCACCAGAAGCGACUUCAGUGUGUGGAGUAUCCUGAAGAAAUGCAUUGGCUUGGAGCUCUCCAAGAUCACAAUGCCAAUUGCCUUCAAUGAGCCACUGAGUUUCCUGCAGCGGAUCACAGAGUACAUGGAGCAUGUGUACCUCAUUCACAAAGCCUCAAGUCAGUCCCAGCCCCUGGAGAGGAUGCAGUCUGUAGCUGCCUUUGCGGUCUCAGCUGUGGCUUCCCAGUGGGAGAGAACUGGCAAGCCCUUUAACCCACUCUUGGGGGAGACGUACGAGUUGAUCAGGGAAGACUUAGGGUUCAGAUUUAUAUCUGAGCAGGUCAGUCACCACCCUCCUAUUAGUGCAUUUUAUUCAGAAGGUCUCAAUCAAGACUUCAGGUUCCACGGUUCCAUCUAUCCAAAGCUGAAGUUCUGGGGCAAGAGUGUGGAGGCUGAGCCCCGGGGGACCAUCACACUGGAGCUGCUCAAACAUAAUGAAGCCUAUACCUGGACCAACCCUACCUGCUGUGUACACAAUGUCAUCCUUGGGCAGCUAUGGAUAGAGCAGUAUGGGAUAGUGGAGAUUGUAAAUCACAGGUAACAGGCCCAUCUGUGUAUGCGGGAUGGUGAUUCUGAGCCAUAGAUGACAGGCCAGGCUGUCCAUGGGAAGUCAGGCCAGGUGAGCUGACAGAUCAGGAAGAAGCUCUUUAUCAUGUAUGGCAAGUGGACAGAGUGCUUGUGGGGCAUUGAUCCUGCUUCAUAUGAGUCCUUUAAGAAGCAAGAGAAGAGAGGUGACCAUGCCAGGAAGGCCAAGAUGGAUGACGGCCCCGAGAAAGCUAACAGUGAUGUGCCUGGUGAUGUGGCGGACGAUGUUCCUGUGGCACAAGAGACGGUGCAAGUCAUCCCCGGCAGCAAGCUGCUCUGGAGGAUCAACAGCCGGCCCCCCAACUCUGCUCAGCCUGAGAGUAACUUCUACCUCCUGCUAUGCCUGUAUCUGGCCAGCCAGGAGAAGGAGCGGCUAGAGGAAAAGCAGAGAGAGGCCAGAAAAGAGCGUGCCAAAGAGGACGCAGAGUGGCGGACCAGGUGGUUCUCUCCAGGCAAUAACCCCUACACAGGAGCUCCUGACUGGCUGUACGCCGGCCAUUACUUUGAGCGUAACUUCUCAGAUUGCCCAGACAUAUACUAAGUAAGACCUGUGAGCCCAGGAGCAGCCUUGGAAUCCUCAAAUAGCAUCUGAGCUUUAUGGUGGCAGACACCACAAAUCAUGGAGAUAGCCUCGGACGUGACAGAGGCCCUCAGAGAGCCUCGGAUUGCCCAGCGCUUCACUAUGUUGCAGCCCCUUCAUGAAGCUCCAGUUGGGUCUUUCUAGUCACUGAGGCCUCAGAACUUCACCGUCCUCUCCCAGGUGACAGAGUGCACAAGGCCAGCAGAGCUGGCAGCACACUCUGUUAUAAAAUGUGUAAUGAAGGAAGACCCAGCAGAGCCUGUGUGUUCCACUCAAGGCUGUGGCGUGGGUUCUGGAAGACUUUCAAACCCAAACCCAAGAAGGAGGGGAGCAUGGAUCCUGAAAGUAUCCUGUGGCCAGGGUCCCCUUCUUUGUGGAAAACACCGUGGAAUGAAGUGACAAACCUCCAGAUUCUGUAUUUUCUACCAAUCUUGAAUAAGGUAAAGAUUACUUUAGAAAAUAUUUAAAUUGAAACUACUUGAAUUAUCUGCUAAAGUGCAGCAAACACAUAAUCACCACUGUGUACCGUCCAAACAAAGUGUCCCCGUGCCAAGCCAGAGUGGCAGGAACACUGUGACUUAGAUGAGGAACCCCCAGGGCCUCUCCAGCCUCGAAGGCCCUGCCUCAGCCACAGCACUCCAUAGCUUCACUGUCACUGUGGACCACACCUGUCUCUAAGGUCAUUUCUUCACUCACCUCGCCUGUGUGCCCUCCCUGCUCCCCCANAGUCUUGUGUUUGGUUCCCCAGUGUGCAUGUUUCAGUCCAGGCAAGUUACAUUCGGUUGUGUGCAAUAGAAGGUCAGAAGCAAGAUCUACUUACCUGGUGUCAUUAAAAUUGUUUUAACACAAGUAGGUGUGUCCACCUCUGCAUUCCUAUCACAUGAUGGACUUNAUGUAAAANUGGUGACACCAAGGCUCACAGUGGNGCUCUUUGCAUCAAAGAUAAUCUACUGUGUACACACCUGUGCAUUCAUAUAGUGUGAGUCACACCAGGCACUUGUAAAUGAGAAGGUAUGAUCACUAUGUCCAAGCUUCCAAACUGCCUCUGUCAUUAAAACACUUUGAAAAUCCAA